AUGGAAAUUGGGCUUCCAAAACGCAUAGCUGAAGCAGAGGCUGAGCAUCAUGUUGAUAAGAUUAACAACACUUGUAGGUUGACAGUUCUGGGGCUACUGAAGAAGCAACUUGAGGAUGAGUACUAUGAAGUUUUGAGAGACCCUGUAUUUGGUCCGAUUUUGGCUAUUAAUGAGCAUGAACUCGGAUACUCAGAGAAGGUUAUUCACAGCUUCAUCUGCAAAAUGCUAGACAUUUCAAAGCGUCACGAGUUAUGGUUUAGCUUUGCUAGGAAGCCUCUUCGGUUUUCUAUGCAAGAGUUCUACGCUGUGACAGGUCUUAAAUGUGAAGAAGACAAAGACACUGAUUUAGAGGCUUAG